GAACAAGAGUCUCUAAGGAUCCUAUCGUCAACGUGACAACUGACAAGUGAGAAAGAAAUGGUCGUGAAUGGAUAAAUAAGCACAAGGAAGGACCUUGCCCAUAGGUUGAAUUUCAUUAAGUAUUGUCUUGGUUCAUAUCUAAGCUUCAUCAUGCCCAUGAAAAAGACUGGCCAGAGGAAAAAGGCUGAGAAACAAAGAGCCAGGCAAAAGGAGAUCAGGAAUAAGGGCGAGCAUCGUUCGAUCGUGGACCAACCCAGCAAUGCCAUCAUGGAAUGCGAUAAGUGUCAACGCAAGCAGAAAAACCGAGCUUUUUGCUACUUCUGCCAAACCAUUCAAAGACUCCCUCAGUGUGCGGAAUGCGGCAAGGUCAAGUGCAUGCUCAAGACCGGCGAUUGUGUAGUACGGCAUCCGGGUCAAUACACCACGGGCUGGGGAAUGGUGGGGGCGGUCUGUGACUUCUGCGAGGCCUGGGUGUGCCAUGGACGGAAAUGCUUGUCCACCCAUGCCUGCACUUGUGUCAUGCAGUCUGCAGUGUGUAUCGAAUGUGAACGAGGCGUGUGGGAUCACGGAGGUCGGAUAUUUGUGUGCAGCUUUUGCCAGAGCCAUUUGUGCGAGGAUGAUCAGUUUGAACAUCAGGCCUCGUGCCAAGUGAUCGAUGCCGAGACAUUGAAGUGUCUAUCGUGCAAUAAACUCGGACAGUUCUCGUGUCUGCGGUGUAAGACUUGCUACUGUGACGAUCACGUCAGGCGGAAAGGCGUCAAAUACGAAAAGAAUCAGACUGCGAUGCCCUGUCCUAAAUGCGGCUUCGAAACGUCUGAAACCAAGGGUCUGUCCAUGUCCACCCGGAAUCACAAGUUCGGACGUCAACAAAUGAAUCCUGAUGACGAAGAAGGGGGCGGAGGUUUUGGAUACUACGGAGGCUAUAGCGAGGCUUCCGGUGGAGGCUACGGUCAGUAUGGUGGAGCUGAUAACGACGAUUAUGACGACGAUUAUGAUUACGACGAUGAGGAUGACGAUGAGGAGGAGGACGAGGAAGAUGAGAAGGAGAAAAAGUGAUUUGAUGUCAUUCGUCGGUUUUUUAUAUGUGAUGAUUCUCAGGAAUAAACAUGAGCUCCUUAUCAAAA